AUGUCAGCCAUAGCCCGCUCCUCCUCCUUCGCCGUCUCCCUGGCAGCCGCCGCCCUGCUGCUCCUGCUUGCGGCAGACACGGCUAUGGCCACAUCCCCCUCCUUCGACAUGAUGGACAGCCCCGCCUCGCGCCAGCUGCUGGCCGCCAAGAAGAACAAGACCGCCAGCGCCGCCCCCAAGGUCAAGGCCAACGUCACCGCGGCCGCCGCGACCCCCAGGAAGCGCUUCAGCCGCGACUCCCUCGUCGCCUCUGACGCCACCUGGACGGCCAGCGUCGCCUUCAACCUCGCCAAGGCCACCAUCCAGCUGGUGCAGCCGCUGGUCGCAGCCGCCGAGGGCGGCGCCAUCAAGAUUGACGCCGUGUCGCUGGUCAACCUCGGGCAGCUGCUGUCACAGCUGGCGGCCGCGGGCACAGACCUCGCCAGCAAGGUCACCAAGAUUGUGGCAGACGCGGCCAACCCCAUCGAUGAAUAG